CUUGUUUCUCAACCCCUGAAGAUCUGCAAACAGCACCACUUGUUUCUCAACCCCUGAAGAUCUGCCCACGGCACCACUUGUUUCUCAACCCCUGAAGAUCUGCCAACAGCACCACUUGUUUCUCAACCCCUGAAGAUCUGCCAACAGCACCACUUGUUUCUCAACCCCUGAAGAUCUGCCCACACCACCACUUGUUUCUCAACCCCUGAAGAUCUGCCCACACCACCACUUGUUUCUCAACUCCUGAAGAUCUGCCAACAGCACCACUUGUUUCUCAACCCCUGAAGAUCUGCCCACAGCACCACUUGAUGAUCAACCCCUGAGCAUCUGUCCACUGCACCAACUGUUGCUCCACCACCGUCUCCAUGAUGAUCCGACUGGUAGUAACGGCUGUCUACAUCGUCUCUGGCUUCCACGCCUUCUUCGGCUUACUAAGCGUCGUCGUCGGUGUCAUCUCCAGCAUCAAGGCAGAGGUGUGGCUUGCCCAUAGUGUAUCGCCCAUCUGGAGCGGGGGUUUUUUUAUCAUUACUGGCACGCUUGGGGUCCUGUGUGCAAGAAAGAAGUCAUCUUAUGUGAUAAUGUGCUUCACCGCUUUCUCCGUGGUCUCCUUGGUAACAGCUGUGGUCAGCAUCCAGCUGCUGAGGCUCGGUCUGGUCAACCACACGACGGACGGACACACCUUCCAGAAGGAGAACAAGGACAUUCUCAUCUUCGUUGCCCUGGCAACGGCGGGCUCCGAGUGUCUUGUGUGCCUUAUCUCCAGCGCUCUAAGUUGCCGAAUAGCUAAGGUGGCCAAAGAGGAGAUGUGUAAAAGGCGUGAGGGCAUGUUCCAUGUUAAGGUAUUAGGCCAGAAGGAUAUUGUUGUAGUAACCAGACCCCUCACUCAAAAUGAAGACGUCACCGCUGUGUGAGCUUACGUCAUCACUUCCUGCACCGCUCUCCCCGCCUCUCCUCAGCCUCUGCCACCUGGUUCAUCAGAACACUGACCUCUUCCUUUAGCGAUGACGUCACCACCCAUCCUCCAAAUCCCGAAAGCCUGUGUCUGUUAGACUUCUGUGACGUCAGUCCGUCCGUUCCUGUCAAGCUUCUGCUUCUGCUUGUUGUGUGCCCGUGUUCCUCAGCAUCCCCCACAGUCGUUAGGCUGUUGUAUAUGUAUGUUUUCCACACAGGAGGAUGGGGAAGAUGAGGAGGGGGAAGGAGGCGGUGACGAUAACCCAACGACGCUGGCCGGUCGCGUGACCAACUCACAGCCUCUAGAGGAGGGGGGAGUGGAAUUGGACAUUAUGUCUCCAAGAACUGCCGACAGAACGCAGAAAGAGAGGACACCUUUUGAUAUCCGAGAAAUCAUGAAGGAGUGUCAGUCUGAAUUGAACAAUGAGAACCAGCGUAGCGAAACAACUUGUGACGUACACACGCCGUUCUAUGUGACGAAUAUACAGGAACCAUCUCAGAGACUGUGGGACCUGAGUAACGCACAGAGAUACAUUUGUACAGAGCCUGUCAGUCUCUCCAGGGGAGGUAACUCGUAUUCGAGCAGAGACUUCGUCCUACCCAGUAUUCAGUCCUGACAUCAGCAGCAAUAAGAAAAAAGGGGAGAUAACCCGUCACGGAGAAAAGCAAUGGAGCAAAAUGCAAUACAAAGACUACGACCUGUGAUUUUUAGGAAAGGUGCCAAAUUUCCCUGAUUUGCCAAAUAAUAAAAUUAAAGGGAGUGGACGAAACUUCUACAUACAGCAAAUCAAGCAACGCUGCGUGUCACGCGGAGUCGGAGAGACUCUGAACACUCAAUAAUCCAUGAACUUUACAAAGCUCAGAGGCAAUAUUUGCAAUGGCAAUCGCUAAGCAUAUGCUUUGCAUGGUUGGGACUCUCGUGUGCUUUGUUCAUCGAUAUUCACAAUUUCAUCUUCAAAACCUUUCAUUUCAAAUAGUUUGCGUCACAGUUCGUAAUAUUUAGGGAACUUCACCACGAAGCAUCACAUAACCUUUUGGAGAUGUGUCUUGCAUGAAGCGUUCGAUAUAUGUCUUUUCAUUCCCUUUCGCUUUGAAAUUAGUAUGACAGUUCACUUAUUUCCGCGACACUAGUGUAAUACCUCACAUUAUGAGGACGUGAAGAGCUUUGGUAUUUUAACUAAUAUGAUACUUUUCUUCCUUUAAAAAAGGAGAUCUUUGCACUGUGUGAUGAGUGGCAUGUGAUUGGUGGAUCGUGAUCACGUGUCACACAUUGUGUUCUCGUGCAUGAAGCAUGCUAUUCGACGGUUUUGUUGUGUGUUGUUGUUACAUAGAUUCAGUUACAUCGUAGCCGUUUAAUCACCAAUUUUAAAAUAAACAUACGUGUAUGAAGUGAACUAUGAUUAAAAUGAAUAGAGCCACGAA